AGAACCUCAGAAAGGCUACUCUGUCACAAGCCACAGCUUCCUGUUCAAAGAACUGCUUUCAUACAGACUUUUGCAGAAUUAUUACAGACGCCAUCCAUCUCAUCGACCGUUGUUUCGGCUCCGGCUUUGGCUCUGCUAACCUGCCAGAAUGUAUGGAUCAGGGAUAUUGAUCCUCUUGCUUCUGAAUUUUGGAGCUGCCGAGGCGAGUGGAGAAGUCUGUUAUAUCCUUGACGGGAUUUUGGUUGUCUAUGGCAUCGUGCUGACGAUCCUCUACUGCAGAUUGAGGAUCAACUCUGGAAAAAAGGAGACGACGGAUGAAUCGAAAGGAGAAGGCAUUUACCAGGGUUUACAGCAUGGCAAUCAGGAUACCUAUGAGACGCUCAAAAUGAAGAAGCAGCCUUUGUCUUAAUUGUUUGAUUUUUAAUCUGUUUUCUGAUUUAAAAUAACUUUACCUGUCUAAUAAGUCUAAUAAUUAUUUUUCCCUUUAGUUUUAGUUGGUUAGUUUUAGUUACUAACAUAUUUUAUUUCAUCAUUUAGUUAUAGAGCUUGCUUUUUACUAUUUGUUUGGCAUGUAUACGUUCCUUUUGCAUGGCGCCAUUUCCUAAGUACUGAAUGUAAAUUCCUCGUAUUUUUUUUAUUAUAUAAUUACAAUUUAAUUAAAUCACUAUAUAAUUAUGAUCAAGCAGACACAAUUAUAGGCUAUAAUUAUGUUAAUUAAAAUUAAAACACAGUGCAAUUAUAGAUUAUUACUUUGCUACCAAAGGUGACCAAGACCAAAUGUGAUAAAUGUACAGAAAUCAAGCUUUGGAAGUCAUUAACAUGAACAAAUAAAAUUGUGGAUGGAAAUAAAAAA